AUGGUCGUACCUCCCGCCCUCGACGAAGAUGUCGAGGCGCUGCGCUUGAAGCUCGAGGCCGUGGGCAGCGGCGCCCCCGCGGGCGGCUGCACGCCUGCACACCUCAAGGCGCUCGCCGCCGCGGCCCGCGGCGCCGCCGCGCGCCUCGAGGAGGACGAGAUCCGCGCGCGGCGCGCGCCCGCGCCCGCGCCCGCGUCGCCCGCGUCGCCGGCGACGCCGGCGAAGAAGCCCGCGCGGGCGGACAGCGACAGCGACAGCGACGAGGGCGAGGCGGCGCCCCUCGACGCGGACCUCGUCGCGACGCUGCGCGCCGAGGGCGCGGCGCGGUUCAAGGACAAGGCCUACGGCGACGCCGCCAAGGCCUGGGGCAAGGCCGCGAAGCACCUCAAGGCCGCGCGCCAGCCCGACGCGAAGCUCAGCGCGAAGCUGCUGUCGAACCUCGCCGCCGCGCAGCUCGCCGAGGACAAGUUCGUCGCCGCGGCGCACAACGCGGCCGAGUCCGUCGCGGCCGACGUGUGCUGGUGGAAGGGCCACUGGUACCGGGGCCAGGCGCUGCUCAAGAUGGCGCGGAACAAGCCGCCGAGCCUCGCCAUGUCCGAGCGCCUCGAGCAGGCCAUCGCGGCCUUCAAGGCCUGCCGCAAGGCGCCGUCGCUGCCCGAGGCGAAGCGAAGCGACGUCGACGCGGAGCUGAAGAGCGCCGAGGCCCUCAUGAUGCACAUGACGAGCACCGCACCCAUGCUCGCGCCCUUCGCCUUCGCGACGGUCGCCUGGAACGCGGCCCUCGCCUACGCCGCGGUCGCGCCGCGGCCGCGCCUCUCGCGCGCCGCGGCCUGCGCGCUGAGCCCGGCGGUCUGCGUGGCCUACCUGCUGCUCGCGCAGCUGGCGCUGGGCGGCGGCGCGUGCUUCGGCGGCGACGGCGGCGUCGCGGACGACGACGCCGAGGCGGCGGCGACGGUGCCGUGCGCCCUUUUCGCGGCGCUCUUCGCGCAGAGCCUCGCGCAGCUCGGCGUCGCCGGCGCGGCGACGCGGCGGCGGCGCGCCGCGCCCAAGGCCGCCUGGCCCUGCGCGGGCGUCCAGGCGCUGACGCUCGCGUACUACGGCCUCGAGCGCGGCGGCCUCGCGCGCGCGGCGCGCGCGGCGCCCCUCGGCGCCGGGCUGCCGGCCGUGCUGGCGCUCUACUGCGUCGAGCGCGACGUCGCCGAGGGGCUCGGGAAGCGCGCGCGCGCGGCCGCGGCCGCGGUCCCCGACGGGCCCGCGCGCCGCGCCCGCGUCGCCGCGCUGCGCUGCGCGCAGGCCAUGUGCUGGGCGAGCUUCGCGGGCGACCACGUCCCGGGCGCCGCGCGCGCGGGGCCCGCGGCGUCGUGCGCGGCGUUCUACGGCCUGCUGCGCUGGGGCGUCGCCGCGCCCCUGGGCCGCGCGCGCGCGGCCGCGGAGGGCGCCGGCGACGGCGCGCUCGCCGGCCGCAUCGCCCACAUGCGCACCUUCUUCGUCGCCGCCUGGCACCUCUUCCCGGCCGUCUGGUUCGCCGGCGCUCUCGGGCUCGUGUCCGAGGCGCGCGUCCGCCUCGGCUUCGUCGGCUGCGACGUCCUCGCCAAGUUCCUCCCGGCCGCGAUCUACGUCUCGCUCGCCGUGGACCCGUACCACACGAUGCUGUCGAAGCGAAGCGACGUCGUCGUCGACGCGGAGCUGAAGAGCGCCGAGGCCCUCAUGAUGCACAUGACGAGCUGCGCGGGCACGGUGCUCUGGUUCUCCAAGAGCCACGGCUUCAUCAAGCCCGACGACGGCGGCGAGGACAUCUUCGUCCACGGGAGCGACAUUUUUCAGAAAUACGCGAACGACGGCGAUCGCGUGCUCUACGACGUCGGGACCCUGAAGGGCCGGCCCAAGGCCGUCGCCGUGGAGAUCGUCGACGGCGGCGCGAAGGCCCGGAAGCCCAAGGCGGACAAGCCCGGCAAGGCGGACAAGCCCGCGCGCAGGGCGAAGCCGGCGGCGGCGGCCGCGGCGCCGGCGGGCGGCCCGCGCUACCGCGGCGUCUGCAAGUGGUUCAACAGCAAGAACAUGCACGGCUUCAUCACGCCGUCGGAGUCGCACGCGCUCGACCCCGGCGAGACGGACGUCUUCUGCUACGCCGAGGACCUCGCGCCCGGCACGACGCACGCGGACAUGACGACGGGCGACCCCGUCGAGUACGGUCUAGGCACGACGAAGUCCGGCCGCGUCAAGGCCGUCGACGUCGCGCGGCUCGACGCCAAGGUCCGCGCGCGGCCGCCGAAGCCCCCCGCGAAGGCGCGCGGCGCGGCGCCGGCCGCGCCGCCCGCGCCGCCGCCGACGCCGCCGUCGCUCGACGCCGACGCGCGCGCGGCCCUCGCGGCCCUCGAGCCGGCGACGCGCGCGAAGAUCCUCGAGAAGCUCGCGGGCGAGACCUCCGUGCGGAACCCGAGCGCGUACGUGUCCAAGGCCGCGCGGAACCACCAGCCCGUGCGCGACCCGGGCGCCUACGGCGCGCGCCCGGCGCCCCGCGGUCCGCGGUCCGCGCCGCCGCGCGCCGCGGCGCCGCGCGCGGCGCCGCCGGCGGCCCGGCCGGCGAUGCGGCCCGAGGCGCUCGCGCGCGCCGAGUCGGACCAGCUCGCGCGCGCGCUCGCCGAGUCCGCGGCGGAGUACGAGGCGCAGCAGCGGGCCAACGCGUCGGAGCGCGAGUUCGAGGCCGCCUUCGACGACGGCGCGCCGCCGGACCCGGCGCCCGACGCGCUCGACGCGUUCCUCCGCGCCGUCGGCAUGGGCCAGUACGCGCCGAACCUCCGCGCGGAGGAGAUCGAGACCGUCGAGGACCUCGCCCUGCUGAGCGCCGACGACCUCGUCGAGGCGGGCUUCCCGCGCGACGACGCGGCCAUCCUCGCGCGCGUCGUCGCCGGCCGGUGGUCGAAGCGCUCCAUGCAGGCGUCGAGCUCGCUGAAGCCGAGCGUCCGCGCGUCGCCGGCGCCGCCGGCGUCCGGCGCCGCGCGCUCGUCGCCGUCGUCGUCCGUGUCGCUGUCCGGCGCCAUGCAGGGCACGUCGGGCUCGUCCUUGACGGACCCCGGCGACGCGGGCUCCUCGGGCGCGUCCGCCGCCGCCGGUGGCGGCGCGGCCGCGGCGCCCGCGCCGCCCGCGGCGGGCCCGAGCGUCCGCGAGAAGUAG